CCACACACUUCUUCUGUCAACGACUUACACGCGACUCACGACCUGUCUCUGAUGGUCGACGCGCCCCGCCUGCAGCCAAGUAAAACACGGUGAACCCGCCCUCGCGAUGCGGCCGGCUGGCUACAAGGGAUACAAGCAUGGCGACACGCCGAAAAAGGCCAUGGUCCGCGGCACCAUCUCGUACCUCGAGUCGCAGGGCCUGCCCGUCAACAAGUCGGCCAUAUUCCGGCACUUUGACCUGUCGCGGUCUCAGGGCUACGCCGCGCUGAGCUCACCGGCGUCGUCGAAGCGGAGCGACCCCGAGUGGGAGGAGACGCGCGGGCGGCCGAGCAAGGUCUCGGAGGCGGACCAGCGGCGGAUGGAGAUGCUCCUGUGGGAAGAAGAGAGCCCCCAGCAGCAGCAGCAGCAGCAGAAUCAACAGCAUGACCUCGAGCACCAACACCACGGCGAAGGCGGCAAGAUGGAUUCGGGUUCGUCGGUCGAUGGCAGCGAGUCGGGCGGGUUCAAUUGGACGCGGCUGGCCAAGGCGGCGGGCGUGGAAGUGACGGUCAACCCUCGGACGCUGCACCGCGCAAUGGGCACGCUAGGCUACCGGCGGUGCCUGUCCUGCGGGCGGAGCGUCGUGCACCGUCGCUGCCGCGAGAAGCGCGCGGACUGGGCACGGCGGGUGCUCGAGGCGUAUCCGACGACCGAGGACUGGCGCCGCGUGCGCUUCAGCAUCGAGCUGCACUUUGGGUUCGGUCUCGACGGGCGAGUGCGCCUGCUGCCGCGCCCGGGCGAGCGACUGCAUUGCCCCGGGUGCGAGGCGGGUGACGAUGCCGGCUUGGGGUCCGAGGCGGGCUGGCCAAGGGAUAUCCGAAAGGUCCAUGCGUGGGCGGCGGCAGGAUACGGGUUCAAAAGCAAACUGGUAUUCUAUGAGGACUCAACGAGCCCCAACUGCGCCGGGACGCCCAGCAUGGCGGACUACCACUACAAGAUCCUGGACAAGGAGGUCCGAAGCUGGCUGGCGGCGGACCCGGCGUUCGUGCUGUACGAGGAUGUGGAGGCGUUUGCGCAUGGCGGGCUGAGCAAGCAGAACGCGGUGCAAAGCUGGAAGGAGAGCGCGGGGCUGCGACACGUGUUUGGCUGCGGCGACGCACCGGACCUGAACCCGCUGGAGACGCUCUGGCCGGCGAGGAAGCAAUGGCAGUUUGGCGAGGUGACCAAGGGCGAUGGCGGCGGCGAGGAGGACGGCAAGGGCCAGGACUGGGAGGAUGAGACGCUGCGGGGGAUGGCGCGGCGGGCGUGGGACGGGGUGGAGCAGGAGAGGGUCAAUAUCUGGGUGGACUUUAUGGUGCAGAGGCUGCGGCAGGUGGUGGAGAGCGAGGGGCGGCUGGUGCCGUGGUAGGAUAUGCGUUUCGUUUUGUUGUUUUGUUGUUGCUAUCGUGGACGUUGAGGGGUCUGUUUCCGCACGAGGGGAGGGCGAGAGAUGUGCUUGACUAUGGAUGUUUAUUGGUAGCGGGGCGUUUCCGUCACGACGGGCAUCUUUUUUACUGCAUCUACUUAGUACAUAUACUACUCUAGCAUGAGUGUAGCAAAGAGC